ACCCACAGCCUCCUGGAGCUCACUGCAGCCGCGACAGCCGACACCCGCGGUGUCGGGCAGAACCAGUGGCUGAGGCGAGCCCUGCCCAGGUCCCGGGGUGGCAGGGGGCAGGAGCAGGAAAGGAACCAUGUCCCCAGGCUGCCCACACCUCUUGGUCCUGGUGGUCCUGGGCUCGAGCUGGGCAGGCUGGGGGAGCCGGGGGGCUGCGGCCGUGCGGCUGAGGCAGUUCUACGUGGCUGCUCAGGGCAUCAGCUGGACCUACCGCCCCGAGCCCACAAACUACAGUUCGAAUUCUUUUGCAACUUCCUUUAAGAAAAUUGUCUACAGAGAGUAUGAACCAUAUUUUCAGAAAGAAAAACCACGAUCUAAAAGUUCAGGUCUUCUUGGGCCUACUUUAUAUGCUGAAGUUGGAGACACCAUGAAAGUUCACUUUAAAAAUAAGGCAGACAAGCCCUUAAGCAUCCAUCCUCAAGGGAUUAAGUACAGUAAGUUCUCAGAAGGUGCCUCGUACCCUGACCACACGUUCCCCAUGGAGAAGAUGGACGACACUGUGGCCCCAGGCCACGAGUACACCUACGAGUGGACUGUGGGCGAGGACAGCGGGCCCACACAGGACGACCCGCCGUGCCUCACACACUUGUACUACUCCUAUGACGAUCUGGUGCAGGACUUCAACUCGGGGCUGAUUGGACCUCUGCUCAUUUGUAAGAAAGGCACCCUCACGGAGGAUGGGGUUCAGAAGAUGUUUGACAGGCAGCAGGUGCUGAUGUUCGCUGUGUUUGACGAGAGCAAGAGCUGGAGCCGGUCACCAGCCGUCAUGCUCACGGUCAACGGCUACGUGAACGGGACGAUGCCAGAUAUAACCGUCUGUGCGCAUGAGCAGAUCAGCUGGCAUCUGAUUGCAAUGAGCUCUGGGCCGGAACUGUUCUCCAUCCAUUUCAACGGCCAAGUCCUGGAGCAGAACCGCCACAAGAUCUCAGCCGUGACCCUCGUCAGCGCCACGUCCGCCACUGCAAACAUGACCGUGGGCCCGGAGGGAAGGUGGAUCGUCUCCUCGCUCAUCCCAAGGCAUUUGCAAGCUGGAAUGUGGGCGCACGUCAACAUCGAAGACUGCGCCAAGAAGAUGCGGAAAUUCAAGCCGACGCACGAGCAGAGGCGCCACAUGAAGCGGUGGGAGUACUUCAUCGCUGCAGAGGAGGUCAUCUGGGACUACGCACCUUUCAUCCCAUCGAACAUGGACAAAAAAUACAGAUCACUGCAUUUGGAUAAUUUCUCCAACCAAAUUGGAAAACAUUAUAAGAAGGUUGUCUACAGACAGUACCACGAUAAGUCCUUCACCAAACGCCUGGAGGACACCAACAAAGAUGGGAUCCUGGGCCCUAUUAUCAGAGCCCAGGUCAGAGACACACUCAAAAUCGUGUUCAAAAAUAUGGCCAGCAGAGUCUACAGCAUUUACCCUCACGGAGUGACCUUCUCUCCUUUGGAAGAUAAAGCCAACUCCUCCUCUGGCUCAGGUGGGAACACCAUGAUCAGAGCAGUUCAACCAGGGGAAACGUACACUUACAAAUGGAAUAUCCUAGAAUCGGAUGAGCCUACGGAAAAGGAUGCCCAGUGUUUAACAAGACCAUACUACAGUGAUGUGGACAUCACAAGGGACAUCGCCUCUGGGCUGAUAGGGCUCCUUCUGAUUUGUAAGAGCAGAUCCCUGGACAAGCGAGGCAUACAGAGGGUGGCGGACAUUGAGCAGCAGGUCGUGUACGCUGUGUUUGAUGAGAACAAGAGCUGGUACAUUGAGGACAACAUCAACAAGUUCUGUGAGGACCCCGAGAAGGUGGACCGGGAUGACCCCAAGUUUUAUGAGUCGAACAUCAUGAGCACGAUCAAUGGCUACGUGCCCGAGAGUAUGUCCACACUGGGGUUCUGCUUCGAUGACACCGUCCAGUGGCACUUCUGCAGCCUGGGCACCCAGGAUGACGUGCUCACCGUUCACUUCACCGGGCACUCCUUCAUCUACGGGAAGAGGCACGAGGACACCCUGACCCUCUUCCCCAUGCGUGGGGAGUCUGUGACCGUCACCAUGGAUAACGUUGGAACUUGGAUCUUAACUACCAUGAAUUCUAAUCCAAGAAGCAAAUACUUACGGCUGAAAUUCAGGGAUGUGAAGUGUAACUCAGAAGAAAAUGACAACGAAUACGAAAUAUAUGAACCUCCAGCAUCUAGCUCCGUGACGACACGGAAAAUACGUCCUACAGACAACCCGAGUGAAGGUGACAGGCCUGACUAUGAUUACCAGGACAGAUUGGCUUUGAUGUUUGGAAUUAGAGCAUUUAGAAAUUCAUCCCUGGGUCAGGGGGAAAAUGAGCUCAAUUAUACUGCCCUAGCCAUGGAGAACAGCGCUGAAUUCAUUCCUCUGAGUGCUGAUACAGCUGUCGGUUCAAGUUCUUCUUCCCCGAGUAACAUUAGCAGGCUCCUUGCCAAGAACUUUUCAGAACCUCACAAAACCACCCUUCACCCUGAGACCACCGCAGCUGGUCCCCGUGUGGACCACAGCUUAGAAAAGAACUCUGUUCUCAACCUUUCCACGACAGAGCAUUCCAGUCCUUAUUCUGAAAACCCCAUAGAGGACCCUCCACCGUCAAAUGUCACAGGGAUAGGCCGACUUCCUCUUGGUGCAGGAUUCAGAGGUCAAGAACAUGCUAAACAUAAAGGAUUUGGGUCAGGAAGAGACCACGUGGCAAGGCACAGGUUCUCCCCGAUGGCAUUUCUAGACCAUAGAAGAGGGAGACAUUCAAACCAAGGCAACGCUUCUCUUUCCGGAAUGUGGCCCUCGAAGGACAUCCCCAGUCAUCUGUUACUCUUAAAACAAAAGAACCCAUCUCACAGUUUGGAUGGGAAAUGGCACUGGGUUUAUGAGAAGGGGAGCUAUAGACUCAUCCUGGGGGCUGGUAAAGACGCAGUGGUCAGUGAGCUGCUGAACAGCCCCCAGAAUGCCUCCCGGACCUGGGGAGGAGGCAGCCCUCUUGCAAACCAGCAUGGGACGCAAGGUGGCCGCCCCACGCCCUUCGGAGGUAGGCAUACAUUGCUACCAGUGAGACAGGGUGGAGGGAAGAGUGGAUCAAAGAACAGCACUGUGCUCAUUCGGACCCGAAGGAAGAAGUUUGCGCACAGGGCUCCCUUCUCCCCCAGGGGCUUCCACCCUCCGAGAAGAGAAGCCGGCGUCACCCUUCCAGACUUCCUGCGCCAGGCCGGUGCCACGCCCCUUCCCACAGACCUCAGUCGGACGUUCCCCUCUGUGAAUCCGAGCCCCACAGCCUCGCUCUCCGACCAUGACCCCCCAAACAUCACUGCUCAGACGAGCUUCUCUCCAGACACUUAUCAGACAGUGCCCCCAGAAGAGAGCUACCACACAUUCCCUGUUCAAGACUCUGAUCAAAUACACUUCACCAUAGAGCCCAGUCACGAAUCGUCAGAGCCUGGCCAGGUGAUCGACUAUGAUCUAGGACACCAGACCUCCCCUACUGACGCUGGACGAAUAUUCCCUUUCUUAGAACUUGAAGACUGGCAGAUAACCCUCUCUCCAGACCUCAGCCAGGUGACCCUUCCUCCAGACCUCAGCCAGGGGACCCUCUCCCCAGACCUCAGCCAGGGGACCCUCUCUCCAGACCUCAGCCAGGGGACCCUCUCCCCAGACCUCAGCCAGGGGACUUUCUCUCCAGACCUCAGCCAGGGGACUGACUCUCUAGACCUCAGCCAGGGGACUCUCUCUCCAGACCUCAGCCAGGGGACUCUCUCUCCAGACCUCAGCCAGGGGACUCUCUCUCCAGACCUCAGCCAGGGGACUCUCUCUCCAGACCUCAGCCAGGGCACUCUCUCCCCAGACCUCAGCCAGGGGACUCUCUCUCCAGACCUCAGCCAGGGGACUCUCUCUCCAGACCUCAGCCAGGGCACUCUCUCCCCAGACCUCAGCCAGGGGACUCUCUCCCCAGACCUCAGCCAGGGAACUCUCUCUCCAGACCUCAGCCAGGGGACCCUCUCCCCAGACCUCAGCCAGGGGACCCUCUCCCCAGACCUCAGCCAGGGCACUCUCUCCCCAGACCUCAGCCAGGGGACUCUCUCUCCAGACCUCAGCCAGGGGACCCUCUCCCCAGACCUCAGCCAGGGGACCCUCUCCCCAGACCUCAGCCAGGGGACCCUCUCCCCAGACCUCAGCCAGGGGACCCUCUCCCCAGACCUCAGCCAGGGGACCCUCUCCCCAGACCUCAGCCAGGGGACCCUCUCCCCAGACCUCAGCCAGGGGACCCUGUCUCCAGACCUCAGCCGGGGGACUGACUCCCCAGACCUCAGCCGGGGGACUCUCUCUCCAGACCUCAGGCAGACAGCCCCUCCUCCUGAGCUCAGGCAGACCUCUCUUCCUCCUGAACUGGAUCAAACGGCCUACACCUCUGAAUCUAGUCCGUCACCGCCUCUUCCAGAAUUUGGCCAGACCUUCCCAUAUUCAGACCUUGGUCAGAUGCCAUCUCCUCAACCGUCUCCUCCACUAAAUAGCACUUUUAUAACAGGGGAACUCAGUCCGUCAAUUGUGCUUGGCUUCAGUGAAGAUUAUGGAGAUUACGUUGAGAUCAUACCGAGGAAGAAGGAAGAGAGCAGCGAAGAGGACACUCGUGAGACCUACCACGUGGCCUACGAUGACCCUUACCAAACCGAUACUAGGGCAGACGUCAGCUCCUCCAGGAAUCCCGACCACAUCGCGGCGUCGUACCUCCGCAGCAGCACUGGGAACAGAAAGUAUUAUUACAUCGCUGCCGAAGAGAUAUCCUGGGAUUAUUCACAACACGCACAAAGUAAGAUGGGUAACGAGGACACGCAUGAAGUCCCAGAGGACAGCGUUUACAAGAAGGCCGUUUUCCGGAAGUACCUCGACAGCACUUUCACCAAGCGGGACCCUCGCGGGGAGUAUGAAGAGCAUCUGGGCAUUCUCGGCCCUGUUAUCCGAGCUGAAGUGGACGAUGUCAUCCAGGUUCGUUUUAAAAAUUUGGCAUCCAGACCCUACUCCCUUCACGCCCAUGGGCUGGCCUAUGAAAAGUCAUCGGAGGGAAAGACCUACGAAGAUGACUCUCCAGCAUGGUUUCAGGAAGACAACGCCGUCCAGCCAAACGGCAGCUACACCUACGUGUGGCACGCCACCGGGCGGGCGGGGCCGGAGCACCCUGGCUCCGCCUGCCGGGCCUGGGCCUACUACUCAGCAGUGAGCCCGGAGAAGGACAUCCACUCGGGCUUGGUCGGCCCCCUUCUCAUCUGCCGGAGAGGAACCCUGCAUAAGGACAGCAACAUGCCCGUGGACAUGAGGGAGCUGGUCUUGCUGUUCAUGGUCUUUGAUGAAAAGAAGAGCUGGUACUAUGACAAGCCCCCAAGGCCGUGGAGACACGCAUCCUCGGAAGCAGGACGCUCCCAUGAGUUUCACGCCAUCAAUGGGAUGAUCUACCACUUGCCUGGCCUGAUAAUGUACGAGCAAGAGUGGGUGCGGUUGCACCUGCUGAACCUGGGCGGCUCCAGAGACAUGCACGUGGUCCACUUCCACGGCCAGACCCUGCUGGAGAAUGGCACUCAACAGCACCAGCUAGGGGUCUGGCCCCUUCUGCCUGGUUCAUUUAAAACUCUUGAAAUGAAGGCAUCGAAACCUGGCUGGUGGCUCCUGGACACCGAGGUUGGAGAGAACCAGAGAAAAGGAAUGCAGACGCCAUUUCUCAUCAUAGACAGAGAAUGUAAGAUGCCGAUGGGACUAAGCACAGGCAGCAUAGCUGACACACAGAUCAAGGCGUCUGAAUUUGUGGGUUAUUGGGAGCCCAAAUUAGCCAGAUUAAACAAUGGUGGAUCAUACAAUGCUUGGAUGACAGAAAGGAAUUCAAAAUUUGACUCUAGACCUUGGAUCCAGGUGGACAUGCAAAGGAAAGUCCUGCUCACAGGCAUCCAGUCCCAAGGUGCCAAGCACUACCUGAAGUCCUACUACACCACUGAGUUCCGUGUGGCUUACAGCUCUGACCAGACCAACUGGCGGAUCUUCAAAGGGAACAGCACCAGGAACGUGAUGUAUUUUGAUGGCAACUCAGACGCCUCUACAGUGAAAGAAAACCGGUUCGACCCACCGAUUGUGGCUCAGUACAUUAGGAUCUAUCCCAGUAGAUUCUACAACAAAGCUGCCCUUCGCCUAGAGCUGCAAGGCUGUGAGGUUAAUGGAUGCUCCGCGCCGCUGGGUAUGGAAAGUGGAAAGAUAGAAAACACGCAAAUCACGGCAUCCUCGUUUAAGAAGUCUUGGUGGGGAGGUUACUGGGAGCCCUUCCGUGCCCGUCUGAAUGCCCAGGGCCGAGUGAACGCCUGGCAAGCCGAGGCCAACAACAACAAACAGUGGUUACAGAUCGAUCUGCUCAAAACGAAGAAGAUAACUGGGAUUGUAACACAGGGUUGCAAGUCUCUCUCCUCAGAAAUGUUUGUGAAGAGCUACACCAUUCAGUACAGCGACCAGGGAGUGAACUGGACGCCUUACAGGCAGAAAACCUCCAUGGUGGACAAGGUUUUUGAAGGGAACAGCAACAUCAAGGGGCACGUGAAGAACUUCCUCAGCCCCCCCAUCAUCUCCAGGUUCAUCCGGAUCAUCCCGAAAACGUGGAACCAAAGCAUCGCCCUGCGCCUGGAGCUCCUCGGCUGCGACGCUGACUGGAGCUGAGUGCCCGAGGGCACGGGAAGGGUGAGAGACAGCAGGCCGUUCGGAGGGGCAGCGCGUUUCACAGCGAUGUUCAACUCUCUACCGGGGAACAGAGAGUCUAUAUAUGGAACUGUUAUAACGGAACUCCUUGCUACCAUCGAGUGAGAUGAUGAUGGCUCUUCCUUCUGCAUUAGUUUGAAUGUAAAUGGAAAAAUAUCAAGAACCAACAAGAAAAUGGCUUAGCUUUCACAAUAAUUCAAUAUGCGAUAUAAAGCCAUAUUCUACGCGUGUAGUUAACAUGUUUCACGAUAGUUCUUUUAAACCCUGAACACAUUACUAAAAGAGAGAUUAUUUUUAAAAACCAUAUCUAGCCCUGGCCGGUUUGGCUCAGCGGUUAGAGCGUCGGCCUGCGGUCCAGAGAGACCCGGGU